AUGGCUCCCACCAACGCAGAGGCUCAAAAAGCCCUGGAAACUAUCGUCGACACCGCCUCGACACUCCUCGAACAACUUCAAUCCAUUCUCACUGAGAUUCAACGUAACCCAACAGCCCCCUCUGCGUCCGCCUCCGAAACAAAAGACGUCGACGCCCUCGCUCUCGCCCGCGACACCUCCUCACUCAUCCGCGCCCACGGCACCAAGAUCUCCCUCCUCGUGAUAAACGAGCCUUUCACGCCCAGCGCCCUCUCUACCGUCAUCCGCGAACUCAUCAAGGGCCCUAUUCCAGGCCUCGCAACCGCCGCGCAAGCAUGCGAAGCAAAGUCCUACACUUCCGUCGUCCGCAAGGAGCUCGCCUACCGCGUGCAGAAGGUCCUCAUCGAGCUUUCGAACCUCCUGAAGCGUGUGCCGAAGGAUGGCAAGGUUCUCUCUGGUGUGGGCAGGGACAGCGGGAAGGGCAGUUUGGCGCUGACGGGUAUGCUGUGGUCGGCUUGUGACGAGGUGGUGGCGUUGGCGAAUAUGGGUGUGGGAGGGUUCUUUGUGAAAAAGGCUGAGGAGUGGAGAGAUACGCUCAAGGAUGUCAUGGAGGAGUUGAAGGAGUGGGGAGAGGAGGAAGAUGAGGAUGAAGAUGAAGACGAUGUGGACGAUCUCGCAGAUCAACUGAACGACACAUCCCUCUCCAAACAAGAAAUGCUCGACGACUUCAUGAACUCGUCCUCCGCCAUCCCGCGCUCCGAUCCCGACAAGAUCCGCCCGCGUCUCGACUCCUCCCUCAAGCGUCUCCGCAUGGUCGUCCUACUCUAUCAAGCCCUUUCCAAGCGACGAUUCAAGAAGCUGCCCAAGGACACCGCCAAGGAUGGCAUGCCGGCCAAACUGGACCGCACGGCCAGUGUUCUCGAGACGUUGCCGGACAAGUUUGGAGAUCUGGCGGGUGCAUUCUAUGAGCUAGAUGCAGAGGAGAUCGAUCGGCUGAUGGAGGAUUGUUUUGAGCAGGCGGUGGGUGUGAGUGAGGUUCUGAAGAUGGGGUGGGAGGGGGAAAGUGAUGAGUUCACUGAGUGGAUGGAGAAGUUCAAGGUUGAGGUCAAGAAGACAUAG